CUGCACACGGCCGAGCAUCCUGAGCUCUCUGCUGCUGCUGCUCACUGGGACUUUUAUCAAAACCUGGAGCUCAGCUGACCCCAAAAACACACCAGUGGACAAGAGUCUGGCUUUGGCAAGACUGAAGGUAUUUCUACAACAGGUGAAAUAUGAUGUGGUGGAUUGUGUUGCUGUGUGCGUGUCUACAUGUCACCUCAGCAUCAUCUGAUUACUCCAGGAUUUAUGGAGAUGACUCGUUUAUGGACCCGGAGGAUGUGCUGAGUGUGAGCAUUCCUCUGGAGGAGCCACAGCGUCCUCUACUAGGGGCAACGUUGCUACUACCGUGUUGCUUCAAGGACCACACUGUCCCAGACCCCGGUGCUCCCACCAUCGCUCCCCUUGCUCAUCGCAUCAAAUGGAGCCUCGUCACCAGAGAAAAAGUCACGACUAUCCUGGUGGCCUUGGAAGGACAGGUGCGUGUCAGCGAGAGCUACCUGGACAGAGUCCAUCUGGUGAACUACCCUAUGAAUUCUACGGAUGCUAGCAUCAAGAUAUCGGAGUUGCGGUCCAGUGACACGGGAGUCUACCGCUGUGAGGUCCAGCUCGGCAUCGAGGACAACCAUGACAUCGUCCAUGUGCAGGUUCAAGGUAUGGUGUUUCACUACAGGGCCAUCAUGGGACGCUACACUUUGACUUUUGAAAAGGCAAAAACAGCAUGCUCCCAGAACAGUGCAGUCAUGGCUUCACCUGAGCAGCUUCAAGCGGCCUACGAUGACGGAUUCCACCAGUGUGACGCUGGCUGGCUCUCUGACCAGACUGUCAGGUACCCGAUCCAUGAUCCUCGUGUGAACUGCUAUGGUGACAAAGAGGAGCUGCCUGGCGUCAGGACAUAUGGAUUGAGGGAUCUCAGUGAGACUUAUGAUGUCUACUGCUUCACUGAGAAAAUGACAGGCAGAGUUUUCUACACCGCUGCUGCAGAAAAGUUUACCUUUUCUGAGGCUGAGGUGGCAUGCACCAAUCAGGGAGCUCAGUUGGCCACUACUGGUCAGCUCUACCUGGCCUGGCAGGGUGGGAUGGAUGUCUGCAACGCCGGCUGGCUGGGAGACAGGAGCGUCCGCUACCCCAUCAACAUUCGUCGGCCGCAGUGUGGAGGGGGUCUGCUGGGGGUUCGAACUGUUUACCUCCACACAAACCAGACAGGAUACCCACUACUUGAGUCCCGUUACGACGCCUUCUGCUACACAGAGUCCCCUGAUGAGGAAGGGUCAGGCAUCAUAGAAGAGGGAAGUGGCAGGCUGAGUGUUACCACGGUGACGGAGAGCCCAGAGGUGCUCUACAGAAGGACGACCACAGAGAGCGAGGUGAUCGGAGUGGUGGAGACUCAGCAGCCUACCGUAGUGGACUUCACCUUCACAGAGAGCCCUACCGGGAUGCCGCUGCCUCAGCCGCCCAACGUCACUGAGUUCAUCCCGGACCUGAUAGAGGCGGCCAUCGCCCGGCCCGACACAGGCCGGGAGCCCAGCAAAGGCUUUGUGAUGCCUCCAACGGGUGUGGUCUUCCAUUAUCGCUCAGGCUCCAGCCGCUAUGCUUUCACCUUCGUUGAGGCCCAGCUGGCCUGCCAGAGUGUCGGCGCCUCCAUGGCCACGCCAGAGCAGCUGCAGGCAGCGUACGAGGCUGGAUAUCACCAGUGUGAUGCAGGAUGGUUACUGGACCAGACUGUAAGGUAUCCCAUUGUUUUCCCUCGACAUAAGUGUGCUGGAGAUCUGGGGGCUCAACCUGGAGUUCGGUCAUAUGGUUUGAGACCAGCAGACGAGAGAUAUGAUGUGUACUGCUACACUGAUCGGCUCAAAGGUGAGGUUUUCCAUGUGGGCUCCGCUGAGGGUUUCACAUAUGAUGAGGCUGCUUCUAGCUGUCAAGAGCACAACUCUAUACUGGCCUCCACCGGGGAGCUCUACACAGCCUGGAAAAUGGGUUUCGACAAGUGCCGUGCUGGCUGGCUAUUGGAUCGUAGCGUCCGCUAUCCCAUCAACAACCCCCGCGUUGAGUGUGGAGCUGGGAUCUCAGGAGUACACACUGUUUACGCUCACGCCAACCAGACAAGCUAUCCUGAAGUUGAUGCAAGAUUUGAUGCAUACUGUUUCAGAGCGGAUAUUCUACUUAUUGCAAAUGAAACUGGACUGAAUGUCACAGAUAUCCAGGAGGCCCUGCUUAACCUAACAUCAAUUACUGAUCUGCUGAGGCCUGCUGUUCCUUCCAUCGUCUCUCCCAUCCCUGUGGAUACCUUGGGUUCUGGCUCAGGCUCAGCAGAAUUUGGCUCAGGGUCUAGGGUUGACGGUGCCUCUGGAGGUUACUCUGGAGCUUUGUCUGGAUCUGGAGACCUGUCUGGUUCUGGAGACCAGGCAACCAGUGGAGAUCUGUCUGGAUCUGGAGACCUGUCUGGUUCUGGAGACCAGGCAACCAGUGGAGAUCUGUCUGGAUCUGGAGACCUGUCUGGUUCUGGAGACAGGGCAACCAGUGGAGAUCUGUCUGGAUCUGGAGAUCUGUCUGGAUCUGGAGACAGGUUAACCAGUGGAGAUCUGUCUGGAUCUGGAGACCAUGUAACCAGUGGAGAUCUGUCUGGAUCUCGAGACCUUUCUGACUCUUCAGACUUGUCUGGUUCUGGAGAAAGGGUAAUCUCUGGAGAUAUGUCUGGUUCUGGAGAUCAAUUCACCUCUGGAGACUUGUCUGGUUCUGGAGACAUGGCUGGUAGUGCCAGGGCUGAGCUACCCAGUGGAGUGUCAGGCUUCAGCAGUGCAGAUGCUUCUGGAUCAGCUCUCAGUGGAGAAGGGUCUGGCAUCACUGUUGUUUUUUUGGGCAUCAACAGCAUUGUCUCUGGAGAGGGCUCAGUUACAGGAGGACCCCAAGAAGCCGGAGAGGGAAGCACAGGGAUCUUUAUCUUCCCUUCAUCUGAAUCAGGCUCUGGAGUGAUCAGUGGAAGCGGGGACCUCUCAGAAUUUGGAUCUGGAUUUAGCUCUGCAGAGAGUGGCUCUUCCAGCUCUGCAAGUGGACAGUUCUCUGGCAUGUCAUCUGGUUUCACCACCGACCAGGAUUUUUCUGGAUUCAGUGGUUUUCCAUCAGUAUUCUCUUCUGGAAGUGCAAGUGGCCAGUCAGGAGAUCUUUCGGGAAGUGGAGACACUCAGAUUAUACUAAUAGAUACUGAACUGAUUGAUGCAUCCACCUCCAGUACCAACAAGGAGUAUGAGCUUAGUGGAGGCCUACUGUCAUUCAGUGGCUCUGGAGACAUUUCAGGAUCUGGUAUUGUCAGUGGCUCAGCCUCUGGAAGUGGCUCUGGGUUCUGGUCAGGUGUGACCUUUGUGGAAUCAGGGUUCACAGACAUGACAGUGUCAUCCUCUGGAGAGCAGGAGGCCUCUGGGGUUUUACUCCACAGCUCUGGACAGAAGAGUAGUGGACAUUUGUUUUCUGGAUUUGGAAGCUCAGGUUUCCUCUCUGGGUCUGAAUCGGGAAUGUCGGGUUCGAGAAUGUCUGAAUCAGGAAUGUCUGGAUCUGAGUCCUCCCUGAGUGGAGAAGAAGGCAGUGUUACAUUUUUUACUAGAGAUUUUUGGACAGAGGUACCUGGAAACGCUACGCGGUCUAUGGAGCUUGGACAGGGGUCGGUGCAGUACAGCGGAGAAGGAAGCAGUAGCAGCAGUGGCUUCCACUCUGGCAGCGGAGACAGCCACUUGUCCACAGCCAGUGGCCCUUUUUCGGGGGCUUCCUCUGGUGAUUUGUCACAGGUGGUGGUGCUGCCGUCUCCAUCCAGUGAGUGGGGACUGACAGAGAGCACCACGGGACCAGAGGAGGCCCUCAGUGGGGCUGAACUGUCACAGAUCCCUAGUGGCAUCUAUGGAACUCCCCACCCUGUGCUUGCCCCCGCAGGACUGGCUGCUAUUCCCACCACAACCACACCAGCAUCUGUGCAGGCACCAGGCGAUGAUAAAGAAACAGAUUCAUUGGAGGGUGGUUUGAACCCAUGUGAACCCAACCCCUGUGGAGCUGCUACAUGCACCGUAGAGGAUGGGGUUGCUAUCUGCCAUGAGGUAGAUGUGUGCCAUCCCAACCCUUGUGCCAAUGGAGCAACCUGUGUGGAGAGCGCAGACUCUUACAAAUGCUUAUGCCUGCCCAGCUACGGAGGGGAACGCUGUGAGAUCGAUGAGCAGCGGUGUGAAGAGGGUUGGACUAAGUUUCAGGGGAACUGCUACCUGCACUUCUAUGACAGAGAAGAGUGGCUGGACGCAGAGCAGCGCUGCCGGGACCUCAACGCCCACCUGGUCAGCAUCAUCACCCCAGAGGAGCAGGACUUUGUCAACUCAAACACACAGGACUACCAGUGGAUCGGGCUGAAUGACAAGACAAUCGAGAAUGACUUCCGCUGGACAGAUGGCACUCCACUGCAAUUUGAGAACUGGAGGCCGAACCAGCCAGAUAACUACUUCAACUCUGGAGAAGACUGUGUGGUGAUGAUCUGGCACGAGAACGGCCAGUGGAACGACGUGCCCUGCAACUACCACCUGCCGUUUACCUGCAAGAAAGGCCCGGCGUUCUGUGGCUCCCCGCCAGAGGUUGAGAAUGCCCACAUGUUUGGUAACAGAAGGGAGGAAUACCCUGUUAACGCCAUCAUCCGAUAUCAGUGCAACCCAGGCUUUAGACAGCGCCACCCUCCCGUGGUUCGCUGUAAAGCAGACGGACAGUGGGAGAAACCCCAAGUGGAAUGUACUGACGUGAAAGCCAGAAAAAGGAUACAGCGGAGGAGCAGCAGGAGUCUGGCAGCCAGCGGCAAGCUUCACUAAAGAAGGA